AUGCUGAUGAAGAUGAAUUCUUCUUCUUCUUUUUUCGCCGUUUCCAAGGUGAAAGUUUCGGCAUUUUUAAUUUGUUGCUUCUUAAUCUCUUUCCCCCUGCCUUGCCUGAGCCACUUUCUCCCGGCCACCAGGAGACAGCAGGACCUUCAGCAACACGAGUUUAGUACAAACUACUCCAGCUUCCCCUAUCAAGAGGCAGCUCACAGUCAAGCUAAACAAGACCUUGCACGCAACCUGGGUCUUUUAGACUCGGAACUCGAAGCCUCUGUAGAAGACGGAGGCGCAACUGUCUUUGCUGAGGACCAUGGCGAGUCUGCAGCCUGGUAUUCCGGCGUUCUAGAGAAACUUGAACGCAUCACCAGACACGAAGACCCCGCACAAGAGUGGAUGAACAUACGGCUCGAACCUGCUUCUACAGAGGCCCCGACAACUACGUGGAGGGCUCAGCGUUCCCCCCGUUUCCGCCCGAUGUUACAGGACGAACCUCUUGGCCUCCAUUCUGCAUUGCAAGUUUCAGCCAGAGAGGCGCUAGGAGGCCCCGAGUACUCAACACAGGCGACCGCAUCGUCACACACCUCAGCGAAAGAGGCAGGUGACGAGACUCAAGCAGAAGCGGGGAAGAUCAAUAAACAGCCGGAAAAUUCUCAUGCAGGUUUCAACGGCGGACUGACAGCGAAUCUGUUGGCCAAAGGCGUAGGAGAUUUUCAGGUGAUAGAAGAUGAAAACUCACUUGACGCGGACUCCAUUGUGACACUUUUAUACAACUUUCCUCUGAAAACCAUGGAAAGCAAGCAGAUUGCCUUCGUUGUGGUGGCGCUUCCCCCCAAGUAUGUUGCAAGGGAAGGCGACUCUAUAUGCGACUCGCUGGAUCCUGAGCUGCCUCCUUUGAAGUGUUCUACACGAAAAGCGUACAUGAAAAACAGACCAGGAAGUUUAAGUACAUUCGUUACUAUUUCCAGCGCAGAUAACACCAGAAGUUUGCCUCUCGGCCGGCAUUCGUUUCGCAUAGCUGUGCAUACACCCCAGGAGCCGCUUUCAAUUGAGCAGCCGGCGAACUGGUGGUUUGCAACUUUCCGCUUCACUGGUGGCCAUGCGAUCACCAAACACUGGGAAAACAGAAAACUCAUCAGCAAAAGAGGCUGCAUCUGGGGGGAAUGGCGGCAAGAAACUCCAUGCAGUACAACUUGCGGCGGUGGCUUCGAAAUAUGGACCCGCAGCCUGUAUGCAGGCGAAAGCGAGGAGAUAUGCGGCGGCGCUUUCAUGAAAAGAAGAUGCCAAGUUGAACAGUGCAACUUGAAUUGCCAGUUGGGCGAGUGGGAGACGAUGGCGGACUGUACAAAGAGCUGUCAGGCGACAGAAAGCGACGCGUUCAAAAUACGGAUCCGCAAGGUUUUGCUAGAACGUCAAGGUUUCGGUAGCUCGUGCGCAGAGAUGCAUCCAUGGGACGCUGAUCUGGGCGUGGGUUGGAGCGAGAAGAUGCAAGCCGUCGUCAGUUUAUCUCCUUGUGAUGAAAAAUUUCAGAAACCUUGUCCUGAGAUGCUGGGCUGCCGCGUAGAUGAAACCAACACCCGCACCCUCCCCGAUGCUUUCCCCUGGGGUGCCUGCCCCUUCCCCUGUGGCGGCUUCGGCCGCAUCACCUCCAUAGUACAGGUGGCUAACGGUAUCCCCCGCUGGAUCGGCGAGCAGCAGUUUCCUCACAGCUUUCAGAUUCCCUGUCGUGCAGAUAAGGAGCCGCUUGUUUCCUCUCGACCCUGCAACACAGAGGCCUGUGAAGACUGUUCUGUCUAUAUAGAAAACCCCAUCUUCGGCAGAGCAACACGAGCCUGGUUCUUCUUCUUGCCCACCACAGAAGCAGACAGUGUAGAGGUCACGGCUCCGCGGGGUGUACGCAUAGUUCAGGCAUCGCCGGCAUCAUCAAGCCGUCAGCUCCAGCAGCAGCAACAGCAGCAGCAGCAAGAGCAACAGCAACAGCAACAGCAGCAGCAGCAGCAGCGACAGCAGCGGCAGCAGCAGCAGUUUAAAGUAUCACCUCUCUCUUCUGUGUUGCCAGCAGCACCUUCCAAGGCGCAUCCUCUCCCUGCUGGUGCUUCUGUAUCACCGGAGCAGCUGUUGUCUUUCAAAGAAAGGCUCGGUACCUGUACAGACACCGCAACAUCCUUUGGCCCCGUCUCCUCCUGCAGCAUCUAUCCUUCUCGUCACUAUGCUAACUCUGAGGCUGCGCUGCUGCGGCUCUCUGCUGUAAUCGAGCCAGCAGAAGACGUGGAGAAGAAGCUUGCUGAGGCGCCUGUAGGCCCCCACACUCCCCCCCACACCACCACCACCACCAGCAGCACCAGCAGCAGCAGCAGCAGCAGCAGGAAGAGCAGCAGAAGGCCUCAGUGGUUUGCUUUGCCUGUGUUGCUGGGGUCAAGAGAAGAAAUGGAGGAUGCAGGAAACUUCUAUCUGUGGCUGACCCGCAGCAAGUACCCCAACGACCCCGAAGUAUUCAAGUGUCACCUGCGUACGCAGCUGUUUCUGCCGCAGCGAUGUAAGUUUUCUUAUAAACCCAAAAACCCUGAUGAAUGCAUGCACUGUCUACCUGGGGCUGCAACACAGAUAGAAACAUACAGAGAAUUCAUACCCAGCCAGCAUGGGGGCUCUUGUGAUAUCCCUCAUGAGCUGCGGCAGCCGGGAGAGGUUCUUGUUAAGACGAGUUGUAUCAAGAGCUGCAGCCAGCUGGGGCAGCAGCAACUUGCUGCUGCUGCUGCUGCUGCUGCUGCAGCAGAAGCAGGAAAAACAAUUUCUGCAGCAGAACCUAUGUUACACCCCAAAGCUAAACACCACUCCAACCUGCAACGAAUCAGCAGAAAAGAACUUUUUGAAUUUCUAAGCAAAAAAAGAAAAGCAAGAGGCAAAGCAGCAGCACCUGCUGCUGCUCUUGCUGCUCCUGCUGCUCCUCUUGCUGCUGAAGAAGGAGAGGUUCUCCUCCCCGUCGAUGACAAGGCGAUGCCUCUCAUUGACAAAAGUCAGCUAGACCUGCAGCAGCAGCAACCGGAACAGCAGGAACAACAGCAGCAGCAGCCGCAACAGCAGCAGCAGCAGCCAGCUGAAGAGGGACAGGCAAAAGAAGGAGAAGCAGCAGCAGCAGCAACAACAGCAGAAACAAAAGCAGCACCAUCCAAAGAAGCUGUGGAGAAAACAGCCACGCCAACAGCUGCAGCAGAACAACCAGCAGCAGCAGCAGCAGCAGCAGGGCCAACAGCAGCAGAAGAAGCGAAGCCAGCAGCCAAAGAGGCACCCACAGAGGCAGCUGAAAGCAAAGCAGCUCCCGCUGCUGCUGCAACAGAGUCAGCAGCAGAAUCAGCUGCAGCAGCAGCAGAAUCAGCAGCAGCAGCAGCAGAGCCAGCUGAAGCAGCAGCAAAAUCAGCAGCAGAAUCUGCAACAGAAACAGCAGCAGAAUCAGCAGGAGAAUCAGAACCAGCAGCAGAAACAGGUGAAACAACAACAGCAGCAACUACACCAAAACCCCCUGCUGCUGCUGCUGCUGCUGCUCCUGCUGCUACGGAAGGAGAAGAGGAGAGCGCAGCAGCAGCUGAAGAGAAGGAGCCGAAGGCAGCAGCAGAAGAGGCGCAGCCAGCAGCAGGUGCUUCUGCUGCUUCGAGGCAAGAAGAAGCAGCAGCAGAGAGCAGCGAGGAGACAGACAAAGAAAGUGCAACAGAAAAAGAACAAACGGAGACAGGCGAAAAAGAAGAGGAGACAGCAGAAACAGAAACAGCAGAAACAGAAAGCCCAGAAGAAGAAGAAAACGCCUCUGAGUGA